AAAAUGCAAUUACAGAUUUAUACGAUGAUAUCUUUGAUAUUAUCGAUAGUUGUACGUAUUCCACAAAACGAAUAUCACCUACAAUGUGGGGAAUAUUUGACUUAAUAUAUAAAACAUUUAAAGGAGAUGAUACAAUAUCUGGAAUUGAUUAUAUUGAAGAAAUGCUUCCUUCUUUUGACAAUUAUAUAUCCUACGGUACCGAGAUAUUUGUACAAAGUGCUGAUUUGCACACUAGAAUAUAUGAUGUUAUUGAAACG